CAGAGUAGGUUUUGUUUGAGUUGCAAUUAUUUUAACAACAAACAGGCUCUAAGGAGAAAUUUUAAUGUAAAUACUGCGGAAAUUUGUGUAAAAAACAACGAAACUUACCUGAUAAACGCCCACGAUGGCAGACGUCGAUGAGAAUGUCCGUACCUUGAUGGAAGUAACUGCGAUGAAUUUUGACGAAGCCAAGACAUAUCUCGAGUCCAAGAGUUCACUCCAAGAAGCUAUUGACGCAUUUUUCAAUGAUGGCGCCUCCGUUGCUGGACCCUCAAACGAUGUCAUUCAAAUUCCCGAUGAAUCGUCGUCGUCUUCGUUGCCGCCAAUCAUUCCCGAACUAGACCCCUCAGAUCCGGACUACGUUCGUGCUCCGAUCCCCAAAAAACGUGAUAUUCUCCAGGAAGACGACAAUUUCCGCGGACGACGAUACAAUACGCGACAAGCCUUGUGUCCCAUGCGAAAUUUUGCCCGUGAAGCGGAAUUACAGGAACAAAUGAUGUUUGCGGGUGGCGCCAGCGGCGAAGGAUCCUCAUCUCGACCACGUCGCAAUCGACUCGAAGAUGUCUUCAGACCACCCACAGACCUCAUUUACGCCGGUACCUUCCAGAUGGUCAAGGAAUUCGCGAAGAACGAGAACAAAUGGCUCAUUGUGAAUGUGCAGGACAACACGGAAUUUGCAUGUGUUUGCAUGAAUCGCGACAUUUGGAGCAAUAAGGAUCUCAAAGCCAUCAUCCGGAAGUAUUUUGUCUUUUAUCAAACCUCCAUUGAUUGUGUUGAAGGCAACAAAAUUCGAUCUUUUUACAAUAUCGUUUCGUAUCCCUAUGUCGGCAUUUUGGAUCCUCGUACGGGCGAAGAGCAAAUCGCGAGUCGGGGACACUUUAAAUACACCGCCGACGAAUACAGCAAAGAACUUUUCACAUUUUUGCACAACAAUUACACCCCCGACUACGUGGAUUCGGGCAAAACUCCCUCCAAAUACCAGCAAGACUCGCAGCAAGCAUCGUCCUCGCAGGCGGGCGAAGUCGCAAAAGACCUCAGCAAGAUAAUUUCCUUGACGGAGGAGGAACAACUCGAAAUUGCCAUCAAAAAAAGCAUGGAAGAAGCGGCAGUGGCAACUGUUAUUUCAGACGACAGUGCCGACGAAUACGCAUCCGACGACGAAGACAGUCGACCUCCAUCACCGAAACGCACGAAAACCGAUCACAAGCCCGAAACGGAACCGGAAGUCGAUGAAACUGUGACAGACGGGCCCCAAACGAGACUUAUGAUUAAACAGCCGAACGGCACGAACGAAGUCAUCACAAGAGGAGCUGCUACGACAAUUGGCGCGCUGCUUAAACUCCUUCAACGCAAGUACAAAGAUCAAAUUGGCACGCACAAGUGUCGCGUUUAUUGUCCGGCAGUGCGACAAGAGCUGUGUGACAUUGAUGCGACCUUCACGCUGGAACAAGCGAAACUGCAUCCAUCCGCUGUGCUUCACAUUUCCGCAGAGGACUAAAUUUACCGUGACUUUUUAUUUUUUAAGAAAAUCCAGAAAGAAAUAAAAAUCACUUUUAAUUCAAUAAUUGGAGACUAAGACUCUCAUUUUAUGUAUUUUUCAUUCAUUUUUCUUACGUUUAACAAUAAUUU